CCGGUAGAAUUGAAGAAACACCAGACGACACUACAAUGGCUGCCUCCACCGCCGUGACUUACGGAGCUUCAUACCUGCUUCCUUCACGAACCUCCACAUUAGCGAUAUCUUCCCGGAGGUUAUCUUCAUUCUCGCUGUCGAAACGGUUAGACCUCAGCUAUCUGCGGGGGAGAGUCAAAGUCAAUGCACCAUCGCCAAGGCGCGUCGUGGUUCGUGCCGCCAGAAUUGAGUCAGGCGGAGUAAAAUUAGGAGCUAGGGCUCCCAAUUUUGAGCUUACGGAGCCGCUCACUGGAAACGUAUGGAAAUUAGAAGAUUUUGAACUGUACCCAUCUCUACUGGUUAUGUUCAUCUGCAAUCAUUGCCCGUUUGUGAUUCACUUGAAGAAAUACAUUGUAAAGCUUUGUAAUUUCUAUAUGGAGAAAGGUCUUGCUGUUGUUGCUAUAUCUUCAAAUUCUGUUGUAACUCAUCCUCAGGAUGGGCCUGAGUUCAUGGCAGAGGAUGCAAAAGUUUUCAAGUACCCAUUUCCUUACUUGUAUGAUGAGUCACAAGAGGUUGCUAGAGAAUUUGGAGCUGUUUGUACCCCCGAGUUUUUCUUAUAUAAGAAGGAUGGUCGUAGACCAUUUGAGCUGGUCUAUCAUGGUCAGUUUGAUGAUUCCCGGCCAAGCAAUAGCAUACCUGUAACUGGGAGGGAUCUAAGCCUUGCGAUUGAUCUUGCCCUUAGCUGUCAACCAAUACCGUCAAAUCAAAAGCCAAGUGUUGGUUGCAGCAUAAAGUGGCACCCAGAAACAGAGUCGUGAGCUAAUAGAUUGAUCGUGUUUACAAACUGCAUUGUAUUAGAAACAGCUGCGCAACAUUAUUUUUCAGGUAUGUUCUAAAAUCGAAUCUGAAAGGAGAUGAAAAGGCAAAAGAGAAGAACUUUGAAACCCUAGCCGCAAAAAGAACAUAGAAAUUGUAAGUUUGUAUCCAUUAUUCAAGAUUAAUAUACAGUAAUCUACUCCACGGAUCCUAUUCUGUGGGAUCGUUCAUGUGUGAUAUAACUUCAUGAACAAUAUAAGAAUGAGUUUUGGUGUAAA